AUGAUAAAAGCCGUUCUAAUAAUAAACAACAAUGGGAAGCCGAGGUUCCUCCGAUUUUACGACGACAGUAGCCAUGAAAGGCAACAGAUGGUUACAAAGCGAAUUCAUGAAACUAUAAAGAAAAGAGUUACCAAUGAGUGUUGUUGCUUUUUGGAAGAUGAGGAAUUGUUCAGCCCGGAUGUAAAAAUUGUGUACAGGCACUUCGCGACUCUGUACUUUAUUUUUAUCAUCGACUCUAUGGAGAGCGAGUUGGGUAUUCUGGACCUAAUUCAGGUUUUCGUUCAAGUGUUAGAUGCAAAUUUCGAGAAUGUGUGCGAGUUGGACUUGAUAUAUAAUUACGAGCAGAUCAACUACAUACUGGAUGAGAUCAUAAUGGGAGGCAUCGUGCUGGAAACGAACAUAGACGCUAUAGUGGGUUCCAUCAAUGGAGCGAAGAAGUUAAUUGAGAAUGAGUCCUCCUUUUUUGGCGACUGA